AUGAUGUCUUUAAAGGUUGGGGUAUUAUAAAUGCUAAAUUAAUCUUUAACAUUCAAGGAAGAAUUCCAUAAUGUCCAGAAAACUAUAAUUAUUUUUUUAGUGAAUUUUAAACUGAAAUGUGUUUAACCAAUAUACAAUCAAGGUAAUAUAUUGGCUAAUCUAUAGGAUGUUACUGUUGUUUCGGCUACAAUUGAUAGAUUAUGUAAAGAAAGAAAUGGGAAAUUUUAAGUUUAUAUAUCACCAUAAUCACAAUCUCAUUUGAUAAAUUGA